CCAAAACGCCAAUUUUAAUCAUAAAUAAUUUCAAUUUUCAUCGUCGCAUGACCUAAACUUUUGGGUCCCCGAAUUUUUUCGGGAUUUUUCCGACCACUUCGCGACUUUUUCCCUAUCAUCCUCCCACACCGCCGACCGCCAUGUCGACCCGGAAAGUGCGAUACAAGAAGCUUAACACAAAGACGCCUCUGCCCGUACUCCGCGAAGAUCAAAUCGACCCCAGCGAAUAUGAAUCUCUCACAACUGAAUCUCAAAUUGCUACUGGCGUUGAGCAAGCCGAAGAAAAUGAAUACCAUCUGCAGAAUGCCCUUAAGGGCCUCAAGGGAGCUGGCGCGAGUACGGACAAUGAAAUUCCCGUCCCGCCGCCUGAGAAGAGUGAGCAAUGUUAUAAUGAAUUAUAUCCCAAGCUCUACGUAGAGCCUCGGAAUUAUAUCAAGUUCUCUGAAACUGUCGAGGAGACGCUCAGUGUUCUAUAUGAUAUGACAACAGAGGAUGAGGAGUAUCUCAAGUCAUACAAUGCCAAGUGGACGGGGAAUACUCAACUCUCCGAGGAUGACUUCGAGCAGAUAAUGGAAGUCUUUGAGGACACGGCGGGAGAGCAAACUCCCUAUGCCUCGAUUGACAACACGGUAGUGCCAUACGAGGUUAUGGCUCAGGCCUUGAAUCAUAUCAUCUCAGCAAAACUCAUUCAAUCUCACGCAAAAAAUGUUUAUGAGUAUUGGAAGACUCGACGACAAGGGAGCACCAACAAACCUCUACAGUCCUCACUAAAGUUCGAAACUCACCAGGAGCAUGAUGAUAUGGACCCAUAUGUCUGUUUCCGAAGACGAGAAGUACGACAAACGAGGAAGACGAGAGCACGUGAUGCCCAGGUGAGCGACAAGCUGAAGAAACUUCGUAGAGAACUAGAAGAGGCUCGUCAGCUUGUCGUCUUCUCGUGCCAACGAGAAUUGUUCAAGAAGGAGUUGCUAGGCAGCGACCGUAUGGUCUUCGAGCAUCGAGCCCGUCUGAAGGAGACUAAGACUCGGCUCGGCAUCAGGGGUGAGGAUGAUGACUUAUACAACUCCAGGCCACAGAAACGACCCAGAACAGAGGCACCGCCUCGUCCUGUACCUCAUACUCAACUUCGUCUUGUCGUCCGCCCUGACGGAGGGAAAAGUGUGGAGCCAGCUGACCUCGCUGUCCUGUCUGACAAGCUCGCUGAAAAAGAGAACGAGUUGCGUAGCGAUGUGGAGCAGAAGGUCCAGAAUCACAGAAGGUGGAACCAGAAUUAUGUCGAUAUGACGGCUGAUCCGCUUCCCCCAGUGCAAGAGACGAAGCCUAGUUUCCGGCCUGCACAAACCAGAUACUUAAUGACGCCACCUGCGUCUGCAUCAGAUUCGAUGGAGGGAGAGGUGGCGCCUUUGACGUCUCUGGCCGAUGUGCACGACUCUCUUGUACAACCCGACUUCCCUGGCUUUAGCCCUAGCACUGAGGAUGAACGAGGGAUGUCUUCGUUCCGCCGUCGCGUAGGCAGGUUAAACCGUUUAUUCAUCGAUCGUCGACCACCCAAGGUGAAUGGGCCGACGGACCCUCGCGAAAUAGAUUAUGCGCAGAGUGACCGUUGGAAGUAUGACCAAGAUAGUGACGACGAGGAUGAACAGCCGGUAUAUCAAGUUGAUCCCAAUAGUGCUCGUCAAAUGAAGUUCCGAUCAACGAUCCCGCCGUCCCAAUUCUUGUUUAGAAGACAAGGCGGGGAUCCCAUUGUUGCUCAGACCAAUGGCGCAACUCGGCAAGCUCUACCGCAGCCUCAAGCAGCUCCAGUCCAACCCCAGGCGCAGCAACCACAACCGCAGCCAGCCCAGCCAGCCCAGUCAUCACCAGCUUGAUAAGCCAUGGGCCAACUUUGGAAUAAUCCA